AUGGCGGCCGCUUCGUCACAGACGGCGGACCAGGAGUGGCUGCUGUGUCGCCUGAGGGAGUGCCUGGAUCCGGGAAACACCAACCGCGUUGUCGCAGAAGAGGCGUUGCGACAGGCCGAAGCGAUGGCAGGCUACGCUCCUGCGCUGAUGGGUGUGGCGGGCAACAAGGGCCUCGACGCGGGCACACGACAAAUAUCCUCCUCUUCGUCCGCUUCAACCUCAGUGCUGCUGCGGCAGGUGGUGCAGAGGCACUGGCAGGCGGGUGACGAGGAGGAGGAGGGAGAAGGGGGAGGAAAGAAAUUCACUGUAUCACCGGAGGACAAGGCAGCGGUGCGGGCUCUCCUCCUCCAGGGGCUGGUGGACGAGGAGCCCAAGGUCCAGUCAGCUGUGGGCCUCGCGAUUGCACACGUGGCAUCCUGUGAUUGGCCGGAGGUGUGGCCGGAGCUGAUGGAUCAUCUCAUGGCCGCCCUGGCCGACACUGCUCACCCCAACAGAGUGGCAGCGGCAGUGGAGUGCCUGUCGCUAUUUGCAGAGGAGAUUGAUGACGCACAGCUGCCUGAUCUUGUGCCCAAGCUCUUCCCACCCAUCUUCGCCAUCGUUUCCAACCCCAACCAGGCGUACCGCCCAUCGGCGCGCAGGGGCGCUCUGAGCGUGCUGAGAGCCACCGUGGCCACCCUGGGCAUCAUGAGCGCCGUGUACCAGGAGGAGAGCAAGGCAAUCAUCAGUGAGUCGCUACCUGCGUGGGUGGCGCAGUUUGCUGCCAUCCUCUCCUCGCCUCUCUCACAACACGACCCCCAAGACUGGGGCAUCAGGAAAGAGGUGCUCCGCUGCUUGACUCAGCUCAUUCAACAUUUCCCUGCGCUGUUGGAAUCGACAAUGCCAGGCAUCCUAGCAGCACUGUGGCAGAGCUAUGUGUCAGGCAUCCCUCUGUAUGAGCGACUGCUGGUGGCUGGACUGCCGCUCCUGCCCCCCGCUGCUGCUGCAGCCGGGGAUGCAGGGGCAGCAGGGGUAGCUGCCAGCAGUGACAAUGCACAGGCAGGAGCGGGGGCAGGGGGAGCAGCAGAGGGAGGUGGGGAUGGAGGAGAGGGGUAUGAGUCAGCAGCAGACGAGCUCUCUGCGCUUGCCAUUCAGGGGCUGCAAGGUACAACAGAGGCGCUGGUCUACUUCGCCAUAGCCUACAUGCAGAUCACCGCAACUCAGGUUAGUGGUGUGGUGUGGUGUGGUGUGACUGUGCGGGAGAACUGUGCUUUUACAAGAUGGUACCUUCUUACCUCACUCACACCCAAAGCUUUCCUGAUUACAUUUCGCCUCCUCCUGCUCUUUUUCUGUCCUGCCUCUCUCUCCGCAUCGUCCACAUUGCAUGCACUUUGGGCCCACCUGUUCUUCUCCCUCACACCUUGCCUCGUGGGUGUUUCUCUUCUGCUUACCUUUUCCCUUGUACCCCGUGCUCUCCCGCUGAAGGAGGAGGAGUGGCAGCGUGACACUAACGAGUUUGUCUCAGAGGAGGACGAUGAGGCCAUCAGCUGCCGCACCUCCGCUGCUGCGCUGCUGGAGGAGCUAGUGGCGGAGUUCAAGGAUGAGGCAGUGCAGGGCAUAUCCACGGCGGUGCAGAGGCGGCUGGGAGACACGGUGGUGAACCCCACAGAGCAUGCUCCCGCCUGGUGGAAGUUGCGUGAGGCAGCCAUCUUUGCUGCUGGUUCAGUUGCCGACACGUUUCUUCAGUACGAGAUGGAGGGCAAGCCAGUGUUUGACUCAAAGGCCUUCCUCGAUGCUCUGCUCCUGCAUGAUCUGGGCCCAAAUGGAGCAGUCAACUUCCCCUUCCUCUAUUGUCGCUGUCUCUGGGCUGCUGCUAGCCUAAGGGACUUUUUCUCUCCCCUCCGUGUGCGUGUGGUGGGCCAUCAGGCACCGACAGAGAAGAAGGUGCAGCUGCUGCGCGUGGCUGCAGAGGCUCUCAGCCAGGACAGGCUGCUGGUGAUUCGCAUAGGAGCAUGCAGAGCGCUAUCACGCCUGGCGCCCAACAUGUCUUUCAUGCCAUCUCCCCUCCCUGUGCUCCUCCAUACCGCCACCAUGCAUGCAUGCAGGCCGCUGGUGAUCCGCAUAGGCGCAUGCCGAGCGCUGUCGCGCCUGGCGCCCAACACGCCGCUGGUGAUCCGCAUAGGGGCGUGCCGAGCGCUGUCGCGCCUGGCGCCCAACAUGCAAGCGGAGGACCUCAGGCCCGUGCUGCCCGCCAUCUACACCGGCAUCAGCCACAUGCUGCCCGAGGUGAGCCACAUGCUGCCCGAGGUGAGCCACAUGCUGCCCGAGGUGAGCCACAUGCUGCCCGAGGUGCGCCCCAUGCUGCCCGAGGUGCGCCCCAUGCUGCCCGAGGUAUCGGAUGACACGCUUCAUCUCGCCCUUGAGCUGCUCACUGCUGUCGUCCGUUCAGACGCGGAGGUGACAGCACAGAUGGAGCCGGUGGUAACAUCGGCGCUGCUGGGCAUAUGGGCGGAGCACGUGAACGACCCAGUGAUCAGCUCUGAUACCAGUGACGCCCUCGAGGCCAUGGCCGACCUCCCUGCCUGCAUCGACUCCAUUUUGCGCAAAGCCAUCCCCCCUCUCUCCACCAUUUUCUCCAAGCCAGAGGAGCAACCCAACGGUUUGGUGGCAGGAGGCAUGGAGCUGCUGACAAUGCUUCUCAAGCGCACCCCCCCACCGCUGGUGCGGCCAGUGUUCGAUGCGCUGUUUGCACCGCUAGCAGCAGUGGUGCUGCAGUCAGACGAUCACACGGAGCUGCAGAACGGGGCGGAGGCGCUGGCCAUGUUUGUGCGCAAGGGAGGGGAGGAGCUGGUGGCGGGCAGUGCUGACCCCGAUGCCACCAUGAAGACCCUGCUCGAUGCUGCCGCCAAGCUUCUAAGCCCACAGCUGGAGCCAUCAGCAUCGCUCUUUGUGGGGCCACUGUUGGUGCAGCUGAUCCGCCGCGUGCCCUCGCGCAUGGCACCGCACCUGCAGGCGCUGGUGGCGGCCAUCGUGCACCGCAUGGCUGCCAAGCGCAUGCCCUCGCUCUCCGUCUCGCUUCUACUGGUCUUUGCUCGACUGGUGCACUGGGCAUCACCGGACGUGCGCCCGCUGCUAGAUCUGCUCUCAUCGAUGCCCCUGCCCGGCCACCCAUCGGCCCUCCACUUCCUGCUCUCCGAAUGGGCCAUGUACCACAGUCAGUGCCCCUCUUUCCCCCUGUCAAUACCCCUAUGUUUUCCAGUUUUUGCCUCCUCUACCCAACCAGUAGUUGCCUCUACUCACCCAGUAACUCCGUCUACCUAUCAUUGCCUCCUCCACCCAUCCAGUUACUGCCCCUUCUUCCAACCAUGCCCACUUCUGCAUUCCUUCCUUGUCACCCAACCCGUUGCUGCCGUCUUGCUGCCAACACCCGCCUGUGUGAACCACCGCCCCCCUGUCGCCCACCACACCAUCCUCAGCGGACAUACACGGGGUGUAUCACAGCAAGGUGGCGUCAGCAGCGCUGGCGCUGCUGCUGGCCUCACGGGACCCGCGCCUCCUGCAAGUGCCCGUGCAGGGCCGGCUGGUGGCGGCGUUGUGACUCGGUCGCGAGCACGAGUGGUGGCGGACAAGUGGACAGAAAUGGCGUUUCCAGCCAAGGGCCUGUCACUGCUGGCGGGAGUGUUGCUGGAGGCAAAGGAGGAGGGCGAGCAGGCAGAUGCAUUGAGAGGGCAGGAUGGAGACAUAGACGAGGAGGACGAGGAGGGAAGUGAGGAGGAGGGGGGGCACGGCAAGGGAAGGGAGGGGCUGGAUGCAGGCCUGCCACCAGUGUUUGCUUCAGCUGAGCUCUUCUCCCACCUGCUGGACCAAGAGUUUGGUGAGGAUGCAGGGGAUGACGACGACGAUGCUCAAGACGACCCACUCAACCAGAUCAACCUGCCUGUACUAAUUGCUGACGUCAUCAGACAGCUGGCAACUCAAGAUCCAAGUCUCUUCCAUACGCUUUCCCAGGAGCUUACAGCGAAAGAGCGAUCAACCAUUCAGACCACCCUCAAUGCCUCGUGA